AUGAGUUAUCCAGAAUAUAUAAAUGAUGAACCUCAAACAAUUACAUUGAGAGAUUAUGAUGAUGCUGAAUGGGCUAAAACUACUUGUUUAGAUUUUAGAAAAAAUGAAUAUGUUGUUGUUGAAAUGGAAAAUCCAGAUAAUGUAAUUGCUAAAAUUGAUUCAAAAGAAAAUGACGUAUUAGAUCGAAUUUUUAAAAGUGCUAAAGGAACUCAUGCUAAACAACAACAAGAAAAUAAAUAA